AUGUCCAGCGUGCUCACUGCUGACGCCGACGGGUCCUACCGCCCGAAGACGAGGGAGACCAGGGCUGCGUACGAGGCACUCCUGGGAAUGAUCCAGGGCCAGUUUGGAGACCAGCCGCAGGACGUGCUCAGGGGCGCCGCCGAUGAGGUCCUCGAGGUACUGAAGGACGACCACAAGACAGACCCGGAGAGGAAGAAGGACGUCGAGGCCCUGAUGGGUGCGACGAGCAGCGAGAAGUUUGCUCAGUUUGUCGCCGUCGGUAAGCUCAUCACCGAUUUCAACCCGGGCGGCGGCCCCGGCGAGGGCGACGUUGUCCCCGGCGAUACGCUCGAUGACGACAUCGGCGUGGCCGUCGAGUUCGAGGAGGAGGAGGAGGACAACGAUGAGGACAACGAGCUGGACGAGGUCCUGGAGGCGAGCGACGUGGAGGAGGAUGACGAGGGCGCCGGGGAGGAGGCUGAGUUUGGCCGCGGCGUGCAGGGUAUGGACGUCGGCGGCGACGACGGCGAGGAGUACGACGAGGACAUCGUGAAACCCUCGGACAUCGACGCCUACUGGCUCCAGCGGCAGGUGGCCGCGGCUUUCGGGUACACCGACUCGGACGCGGCCGAGUCGUCCAAGAUGGCGGAGGAGGUGCUCGCCGCGUUGGGAUGCGAGACGGAUGACGAGCGCGCGUGCGAGAACCGGCUCGUGCUCCUCCUCGACUACGACAAGUUCGACCUCAUCAAGAAGCUUCUCAAGUCCCGCGCGCGUGUGGUAUGGUGCACCCGACUGGCGCGCGCGCAGGACGACGACGAGAAGGCGCACAUCAUGGAACAGAUGAGCGCCAGGCCCGAGGCGGCGGCGGUGCUGGACCUGAUGCGACAGACGGGCGAGCGCGCGUCGGCAAAGGCGAGGCAGCGUCUGCGCGGCGAGGUGGCGGCCGACGUGGCCGACACUGGCGUAGGAGCCGUGGCCGCUGGGCGCAAGCUGCUCGAGCUGGAUGCCCUGGCAUUUGCCGCGGGAUCCCACUUCAUGUCUAACAAGCGGUGCGAGCUGCCCCCGGGAUCCUACCGCAGCGCCAAGAAGGGCUACGAAGAGGUUCACAUCCCCGCGCUAAAGCCCAAGGCUUUCGCGGACGGCGAGGUCCUCCGCACCAUCGAAGAGCUUCCCAAGUGGGCGCAGCCUGCGUUUGCUGGAAUGAAGUCCCUGAACAGGGUGCAGAGCCAGGUGUACAACACGGCAAUGCUGUCGCCGGAGAACAUGCUCCUGUGCGCCCCCACGGGUGCGGGCAAGACUAACGUGGCGAUGCUGACCAUCCUCCACGAGAUCGGCCUGCACCGCAAGCCAGACGGAACUAUCGACACGUCCGCGUUCAAGAUUGUCUACGUGGCCCCCAUGAAGGCGCUCGUGGCAGAGAUGGUGGGUAACCUUGGAAACCGCCUCAAGCCAUAUGGGAUCAACGUCAGGGAGCUCACCGGCGAUGUAUCCCUGAGCCGAUCCCAGAUUGACGACACGCAAGUAAUCGUCACCACCCCAGAGAAAUGGGAUAUUAUCACCCGCAAAUCCGGUGACAGGACGUACACGCAGCUGGUUCGUCUGCUCAUCAUCGACGAGAUUCACCUCCUCCACGACAGCCGCGGUCCUGUGCUGGAGUCCAUCGUGGCGCGCACAGUUCGCCAGGUGGAGACGACGCAGGAGAUGGUCCGCCUGGUCGGACUGUCGGCGACGCUGCCGAACUUCGAGGACGUCGCCGCGUUCCUCCGUAUCAACCCUUCCAAGGGCCUGUUCGUGUUUGACAACAGCUUCCGCCCGUGCCCCUUGCAGCAGCAGUUCAUCGGCGUUACCGUGAAGAAGCCCCUGCAGAGGUUCCAGGUGAUGAACGAGAUCUGCUACGAGAAAGUUCUCGAGAACGCGGGCAAGUCGCAGACGAUUAUCUUCGUGCACAGCCGUAAGGAGACGGCAAAGACCGCCAAGGCGAUGCGCGACACCGCGCUGGAGACCGAUCAGCUCGCCAGGUUUUUGAAGGAGGACAGCGCAAGCCGCGAGAUUCUUAUCACCGAGGCGGAGCAAUGCCGCUCCGCGGACCUUCGCGACCUACUCCCCUACGGCUUUGCCAUUCACCACGCCGGCAUGACCCGCGCUGACCGCACAUUGGUCGAGGAGCUGUUCGCGGACGGUCACGUGCAGGUGCUGGUGAGCACCGCGACGCUAGCGUGGGGUGUGAACCUCCCGGCGCACACCGUGAUAAUCAAGGGGACGCAGAUGUACAACCCGGAGAAGGGCGGAUGGGACGAGCUGAGCUUCCAGGACGUGAUGCAGAUGAUGGGUCGCGCCGGUCGUCCCCAGUUCGAUACUUUCGGCGAGGGUAUCAUCAUCACCCAGCACAGCGAGCUGCAGUACUACCUGUCCCUGCUCAACCAGCAGCUUCCGAUUGAGUCACAGUUUGUGAACAACCUCGCGGAUGCGCUCAAUGCGGAGGUGGUCCUCGGUACGGUGCAGGACUCGAGGGACGCGGUGAACUGGCUCGGUUAUACCUACCUUUACGUCCGGAUGCUGAGGAACCCCAAUUUGUACGGAGUUGGCAUCGAUGCGCUGGAGGAUGAUCCUACGCUGGAGAUGCGCCGCGCAGACCUCAUCCACACCGCUGCGACGCAACUUGACAAGGCGGGCCUGUGCCGAUACGACAGGCGCAGCGGUCACCUGCAGGCCACCGACCUGGGCCGCAUCGCAAGCCAUUACUACAUCAGCCACGGGACCGUGAAAGCGUUCAACGAGCACCUCAAGCCCACGAUGGGAGACAUCGAACUGUGCCGCCUGUUUGCCCUCGCUGAGGAGUUUAAAUACGUCUCUGUGAGGGAGGAAGAGAAACUGGAACUCGCUAAACUUGCCGAGCGCGUCCCCAUUCCGGUGAAGGAAUCCAUCGAAGAGCCGACAGCAAAGAUCAAUAUCCUGCUGCAGGCUUACAUUAGUGGCAUGAAACUCGAAGGUUUCGCGCUUAUGGCUGACAUGGUGUACGUCACUCAGUCGGCAGGGCGCAUCCUGCGAUGUAUCUUUGAGAUUGUUCUCAAGCGCGGCUGGGCGCAGCUUGCGGAUAAGGCUCUGGCACUGUGCAAGAUGGCAGCGAGGCGGACGUGGGGCAGCCAGACGCCGCUGCGCCAGUUCAAGGGGAUUCCUCACGACAUCCUCAUUAAGGUUGAGCGCAAGGAUCUGGCAUGGGAGCGAUACUACGACCUCUCAUCGCAGGAGAUUGGCGAGCUGAUCCGCUUCCCCAAGAUGGGCAAGGCGAUUCACAAGUUUGUACACCAAUUCCCUCGCCUCGAGCUCAGCGCGCAUGUCCAGCCCAUCACCCGAUCGGUGCUGAAGGUGGACCUAACCCUGACCCCGGACUUUCAGUGGGACGAGAAGGUGCACGGGUACGUACAGGGCUUCUGGAUCAUCGUCGAGGACAACGACGGCGAGAUGAUCCUGCACCACGAGUUCUUCCUGCUCAAGCAGGUGAACGCCGAGGAGGACCACGCGGUUUCAUUCACCAUCACCCUGCUCGACCCCUUGCCGCCCCAGUACUUUGUGCGUGUGGUGUCCGACAGUUGGCUUGGUUCGGAGACGAUCAUCCCGGUCAGCUUCAAGCACCUGCUGCUGCCUGACAAGCACCCACCGCCCACGGAGCUGCUCGACCUGCAGCCCCUGCCGGCGUCGGCAUUGAAACAAGAUGGGUUCGACGUUCUCUACGCGCCGCGGAUCAAGCACUUCAACCCGGUGCAGACCCAGGUGUUCCAGUGCUUGUACAACACCGACGAUAACGCGUUGAUCGGUGCACCCACAGGCAGUGGCAAGACGGUCUGCGCCGAGUUUGCCAUCCUGCGCAUGCUAAACAAGCUCAACAAGAACGAAGCCGACGUCGUGCGAUGCGUAUACAUGGCCCCAACGCCUGAGUUGGCGCGCGAGCGUGUGCAGGACUGGAGCGCGAGGCUCGGCGACAAACUCGGAUUGCGCGUGGUAUCCCUAACUGGCGAGACCGCGACGGAUCUGAAGCUGCUCGAGAAGGGCCAAGUGGUCAUCGCCACGCCGCAACAGUGGGAUGUGAUCAGCCGCAGGUGGAAGCAGAGGAAAAACGUGCAGAACGUCUCGCUCUUCAUUGCGGAUGAACUCCAUUUGAUCGGUGGCGCCGUGGGACCAACCAUGGAAGUGGUCACGAGCCGCAUGAGGUACAUCAGCUCCCAACUCGAAAAACCGAUUCGUAUCGUCGGUCUUUGCACUUCGCUCGCGAAUGCGAGGGACCUGGGCGAGUGGAUUGGCGCGUCGUCGCACGGCCUCUUCAACUUUGCCCCGGGUGUCAGGCCGGUGCCCCUCGAUAUCCGCGUAACCGGCAUCGACAUUGUGAACUUUGAAGCACGCAUGCAGGCGAUGGCCAGACCCGUGUACAGCGCCAUCUGUCAGCACGCGCCGGGCGGCGAACCCUCCAUCGUGUUUGUGCCCACGCGCAAGCACGCAAAGCUGGCUUCACUCGACCUGCUCACAUUUGCUGCCGCGGAUGGGAAGCCCCAAAAGUUCCUCGCGUGUGAUCCCGAGGACCUCGCGCCUCACAUCGGCAAGAUCUCGGAUUCCGCCGUGCGACAUGCACUGGGUUUCGGUGUCGCGCUUCUCCACGAGUCUAUGGACUCCGAUGAGCGCGAGCUGGUGGAGCGGGUGUUUUCAUCUGGCGCAGCGACUGUGCUAGUGGUCACUGCACCACUUGCGUGGGGUCUCACCGCUUCGUGCAAGCUGUCGGUGAUCAUGGGCACACAGUACUACGACGCCGGCGGCGCCGCGUCUGCCGACUACCCCGUCACUGAUCUCCUCGCGAUGAUGGGUCGCGCGGCGAGGCCAUUGCACGACGACCACAGUGUGUGCGUCUUGCUGUGCCAUGCGCCCAGGAAGGAGUACUACAAGAAAUUCCUGUACGAACCCUUCCCUGUUGAGUCCCACCUCGAUCACUUCCUUCACGAUCACAUGGCGGCAGAGAUCGUGACGCGAACCAUCGAGACGAAGCAGGACGCGGUCGACUAUCUGACCUGGUCGUUCUAUUACCGUCGACUGAGCCAGAACCCGAACUACUACAACCUCACUGGGGUGACUCACAGGCACCUCUCUGACGCGCUCUCGGAGCUGGUGGAGUCAACCCUCGGCGACCUUGAGGCGAGCAAGUGCAUCAGCAUCGAAGACGACAUGGACGUGGCGCCUCUUAACUUGGGUAUGAUCGGGUCGUACUAUUACAUCUCUUACACCACGAUCGAGCUCUUCGCCGCUUCUCUCACGGCGAAGACCAAGCUCAAGGGCUUACUCGAGAUCGUGGCUGGUGCGACUGAGUUUGAAAAGUUUGCUGUGCGCCCCGGUGAGUCGAACAUUCUCCGUCACGUGCUGAACCACUCCGCCGUGACGCUGGAUAAUAGGCGCACGACCGACCCACAUGUCAAGGUCGCGGCGCUCAUGCAGGCCCAUUUUGGCCGCAUGAAGCUCAAUGGCGACCUGACCAAUGACCUGAAGGCUAUCCUCCCUGAGGCGGCGAGGUUGCUGCAGGCGAUCGUCGAUGUCAUCUCCUCAUCUGGCUGGCUCGCCCCCGCGCUCGCGGCGAUGGAGCUCAGCCAGAUGCUGGUUCAAGGAAUGUGGGACAAAGACAGUCCGCUGCUUCAGCUGCCACACGUGGACAAGGAUUGCGCCGCUCGCUGCGCCGAGGCUGGCAUUGAGAGCGUCUACGAUUUGGUCGACAUUGAGGACGACGACAAGCGCGCGGAGCUCCUGCAGAUGACGGACGCGCAGAUGGGUGAAGUUGCGGAGGCGUGCAAUCGCUACCCAAACAUCGAGGUGAACUAUGAGGUGGUCAACGCGGAUGAGGUGGAGGCGGGGGACAGCGUGGAGAUGGUCGUGUCGCUGGAGCGCGAGAUGGACGACGACGGCGAGCUUGGCGCUGUUGUGGCACCGCGGUACCCCAAGAAGAAGGACUCCGAGAGUUGGUGGCUUGUGGUUGGCGACGCCAAGAAAGGGACGUUGUCGGCCAUCAAACGCGUCAACCUCGGGCGUAAGCAGAAGGUGAAACUCGAGUUCCAGGCGCCUUCAGAACCCGGGAACGUCGACUACACGCUUUUCUUCAUGUGCGACUCGUACCUGGGUUGCGACCAAGAAUACGAGUUCACUCUGAAUGUGCAGGAGGCACAGUCUGGCUCUGAGUCUGGGUCUGAAGAGGACGCCAUGGACGAGUAA